GAUUACCUACAACAUUGUGUGUACUGAGUGCGAGUGUGUGUAUACGCGCACGGAAACGAUUACGCAUUGUGGAAUAUGAUCAAACAACAAAUGUGUUAAUUUCUGGAAGCAUUGUACCGUGUGACACGUGUGACCAGUGCUACGGCCCGUAACAAGGUACCGUUUGUGUGAGUUUUGUGUGGUGGCAGAGGUGGCUGUUUGUGGCUGGAUGUCAGCGAAGGCCACAGAAGUCAGAAAGGAAAGUGUUUUUCAAAUGGUGGCUGAAUGGUGAUUGAUUGAGUAAACAAGCGCAAGCACCUAGCAAAAGCGAAUCUAUCUGUUAUUGAAAACGCGCAACGUCUAUCAUCGCUGUUCGCUGUAGCAAAGUGGAUGCAGUGGAUUUAGAAGCCAAAGGAAGAAUUGAAAAGUGACGAGUGAAGGCUGGUGAGAUCAAUGCAACUCAUGUGAGUUCCAGCUUGAAAUUUGUUUCAGUGUGACUGCUAAACAAAGUGUCAUUCUGUGCUUUUGGAACGUACCAUCAAUCGCCGCUGUUCGUUACUCGACUAUUCGAUCGAGUCUUGCGUGUGCGUGCCAGAGUGCGUGCUUACUUGUGUGAAAAAUAUGAUCACUCAAAACGAUCUAACAUGUGAAGGUUCCAGUAUGCAAUUAAAUCAACCAUUGGCAGUGCAAUUACUGCAUCACUGUUAAUGUUAAUGAGUUAACGCGUACAAGAGAGUGGAAAAAAAACAAAACAAACCUACCAACGGAACGCUGGAAAGUCUAGACAGGUGUGAAAUAAACAAAUCUACAGAAAAACUUCAGCAGUGCAUAUCAGCGUGUUUUGAUAGUGCAUAAAUUUUUCCUCCCGCCAAAGACCGCCCAAAUGGUAAUACUAGAAGGCACCGCAAUGUUACAAGUUGGAAAUAAUCAAUAUCUUCAGCCGGACUACCUUUCUCCGCUUCCGACAACGUUGGAUGCGAAGAAAAGUCCCCUUGCAUUGUUGGCGCAAACGUGCAGCCAGAUCGGUGCGGACCCAGGAAACAUUACGGUCAAGUCGCUUGUUUCACCGUCGGAAAAGAACAAAAAAUCAUCGUCCUCCAACGGCUCCAGCAGCUCCAGCACCAGCAGCACUUCAUCGUCCGGCAGCAACUCGUCGGCAUCGUCUCAGGUUGAUCCGACGUCCCACUCGUCCGCGUCUCGAUCGCCGUCGGUAAGGACGGACAAAUCGGACGCAUCACCGGAGAUUAAGCUCGCCUUCAAACCGUACGAAAUGAAUGUGCUAACGACGAAAGUGAACCUUAGCAAAGCGUCCUCGGUGGACGAUCGUCCAUCGUCCAAGAUGAGCAGUGGUAGUGACGUGUUGAACAACAACAGUGUGAGCCAAAUCAAUAAUAAUAAUAAUCACGGUGAACAUGGUGGUCGCAAGGAUGGCCGAGCCCUUUCGCCCCGUGGCAGUGCCGAUUCGCCAAUGUCUGGCCGCGGUGGUGGUAGUGCUAGUGUGAAGAGUAACGAGAGUAGUGGUGGUGAGCAUGGUGGCAAUAAGUGCAGCACACCGGAAGCCAACCGUAGGGCCUCGUCCGCCGGUACACCCAGUGAUCGUGAGAAAGUGAGUGGUGGCGGUGUGGGAGGUGGUUCCGGCCCUUCCAGCAGUCCAUCGGCCGGCAUGAUGCAUCCGGGUGCGAUGCCGCCGUCGGCCGCCUACAAGGCGAACCCAUACGGUAUGAGUGCGGCCGGACUGCCGAGCCCGUCGGGGAUCGACCACACGAACCCUGCCUUCCGGCCACCGUUUGCCGGUGCAUUUAGUCAUCAUCAUGCGGCCAUGCUGGCAGCCGCUGGAUACUCGGGGGCAGCGGCAGCCGCCGCCGCAGCCAGUGCCGCCGGUGCCAAUCCGUACCUCAGCUACACGCGCGUCAAGACACCGUCCGGCGGUGAAACGUUGGUGCCGAUCUGCAAGGAUCCGUACUGCACCGGAUGCCAGUUUUCGGCCCACAAUCACCAGAUGAUGAUGGGCAGCCAGUGUCCGGCGGGCUGUACCCAGUGUGACCACCAGAAGUAUAUGGCCAUGGCACUCAGCUCAAUGCCGCCAGCCGGCUAUCCCGGCUAUCCACCACCCUCGUCGGCCGCAGCAGCCGCCGCUGCAGCUGCGGCAGCGGCCGCCGCAGUUAAUUCUGGUGGAUCGCAACCCCCAGGCAGUGCCGGGGCCGCAAGCCGCCCGUACAUGUGCAACUGGGUCGUCGGUGACUCGUACUGCGGCAAACGGUUCAACACGACCGACGAGCUGCUGUCCCAUCUGCGCACACACACCGCCAACCUGUCCGAUCCGGCCGCGCUGGCACUGCAGCAACAGCUGAUGCCGCUGAGUGGCAUCUUCCCGCCUACAUCGCUGCAUCACCAUCAUCGAGGCUACCCGAAUCCACCGCUCAGUCCUCUGUCGGCCGCCCGGUACCAUCCGUACGUGAAGCCCGGUGCCAUCCCGACGGCCCUGCCCGGUUCACCAUACAGUGCGGCGGCUGCAGCGGCGGCGGCCGCGUUCAACCCGGCGGCUGCCUUCGGCCAGUACUACUCGCCGUACGCGGCCGCCCUCUAUGGACAGCGCAUGGGUGCGGCAGUACAUCAGUAGGGAGUAGCUACGGCAAGAACUGUGACUGUGUCUCGUGUUGCGUUUUUUGUGACCGCUCAUGUAUAGUGUAGCAGUUUCGAAGUACAGCGAGUUCCUCUGUUCACUCAAAGGACUAACUAGGCAAGUCUGCCUUAAGCGGAAUGCGAGUAAAGCAUAUACAGCAGCAACUAACAACGUAAAAACCGAAGGUGUCCAAUCGUGUUUGUUCUAUCAACUGUGAUAUUAAGAUUAUUCUUCAACUGAGAGAUGGAUGGAGUGGGAAGAGAAUAGUAACACAUUAAAUGAAGCCGAAGUGCUGUUAGUACACGCGUUAAAAAUCAAGGAACAUUGGAACGGCACGCAGACGAUCGCUAGAUACGCAGUGUGCGUUUCAUCAGUGCAGUGAGACAGAGCAGGAUUACAAAUCACUCGUGCAUAGAUCACAGGUUGCACACAACACAACUACUACUGCUUGUAGGUUGUUAUGGACACUCGGGAGGAAGCACACAACAAACAAAUCGAUAUUGCAACAUUGUCUACGGAAAUCGAUCAAAUGCUGUUAGUUUGUUCAAAACAAUUCUUAACUAAUCUCGUUGAAAGGGGGCUGAAUAUGCCGCCAAACAUGAGAUAUUUGUGUGUGUUUCUGUAAAAGGCAAACGAUCAACAGCCCACGUAACGUAGUGUAACGCAUGUAACGCAGGAUCGAGAGAUCGUUGUUUAAGAUCUUUUGAGAAAUUCCUUUCGAUGCAGUGUGAACGAAGCUGAGUUGGAGAAGUCGAGGUUUGAUCAGAAAUGAAGAAAAACUGUAGUCUGUUAUGACGAUGUUGUUGACGGAACGCCUUGACGAUCAAGUUGAGAUAAUUUAAGUUCAAUUAAAGCUGACCAGUGGCAUGCAUUAGUCGAGAGUUUCAAGAGCAUUCUUUCAAGCAAACCACGAUCUAAAACAAAACAAACCCCCUGAGCGUUUUGUUGGUGUAAUUGUUUCAUUCUUUGGUAUUAAAUAAUCUCCCAGACUUUAAUUCGUGUGUGAUAGUAUUUGCCUAUCCACUCUGCGAAUUUUGCACAUCCACAGCCAUUGUUUCGGUUGCAUUUUACAGAUUCAAGGGUUUUGCAUAGGGUUUACCUGUUCAAAAUUGUUCAUAUAUCAUCAUCUCUUAACAAAGAAAUUCAGAAUGCAUUACCCUGUAUCGACAGAUGCUAUUUAUUAUUGCCGUGUUAUGUUUCUCAUUUUUCCGCUAUAGUUUGCCCGUAGGAUCGGUCGUGAAAAUUGGGAGUUGGCAAAAAGUAAAACAAAACACAGAAACCAUACUUUUGAGGGGUUGCAAAACCGAGCAGCACAAUAAAAUGUUCCAUUCUUGAGAUAAUAAAGCAAAAUGAAUCAACUGCUGAAAUGAAAUGAAGAAUAAAUAAAGAAGAAACACGAAGAAAGAAGCAAAGUAGAAAAAAGAGACGAAAAGAUACAGAGAUCAGCAGUGAUAAAAGAAGAGCGAAAAAAGCGAACCAACGGCAGGUACGAAGAGGUGCGUUGAAAUUGUAAAUAUCCAGACACGGUGCAAAGACGAGCAAAGACGAUAAAGUGGAUAAAAAGAGACCGAAAGGAAAACAAGCUCGUUUGUAAGAGAAAAAUAUGGAAUUUAUGAACCUGUAAUAAAUCUAAAAGGCAAAAAGGAAACAAAAAAUAUGAAAAUAAAAGGAAACGCCACAUCCUCUAUUAAUUACAAACCACCGAUCUUCUUGACACUUUAUUCCCCAUGCCCGAAUCCGAAAGCCCAUCGAACCCAGUUAACCGGAUGAGGUUGCUAAUGGAAACGAAUUCACGUACACGAAACCGGAAUGUUGUGAAGAAAAGGAGGAGGAAGAAGAAGAAGAAAGCCAAGACAGAGCAUGGAGACGGACGGCUAUAAAAAUGCUAUGAAUGUGUCGGACUUUAAUAACAAAAAUCCCUCACACACUAACACUACGACAUGAUCGAAAAACAACAAGAAGAAGUAGAAACGGAAACGAGAAAAUGGCACGGACGAAUGAUUUUAAAAUGAUAUCAUGUUUCGUUAUUUAUUAGUUAAUUACCAAGCCUUUCAAUUAGCACCCCAGAAGCACCCCAGAAAUGAAUGGCUGUCGGUGCACGGCCGUCGUUUGGCAGUUGUGUAGCAUCAUCGUCAGAGGAAGAAGGCGAUGGAAGGGGAGGUCAAAUAGGGGAGCAGGCUCUUUCUCUCUCGCACACACACACACCCUAAGAGCAAGGGGGGAUGCCGUUCGCUUUGUGGUGUGUGGCGGCUUACGACGAUGACGCCGCGUUGUUUGUCAUGUUUGUCGGAAUAAAUUCCACUCUCGUUUGAGCGAAACAUUUGUACAGUGCUCAUUGUGUUUUGUAUUUGGGGUGUAUUUCCGCACGGGAGAGCAGAUCUCGUCAUCGCUUGCUUGGGGUGUGUUUGGGGGUGUUUAUUCUCCA